AAAUGGAGUAGAAUUUGCAUUGUGGGCAAAUACAGAAGUCCAGAUCUAAAGCGAGCGAUAGCAGCAGUAACAGCUUCAAUUCAGACGCAGGCAGAUUAUAAUUUCAAUUAUAAAUAAUAAUAAUAAUAAUAUAUAUUAUUAUAUUAUACACACAAACAUACGCUCAUAUCCUGUCUGCGUUUGUAUGCGAUCCAUCGCGACGUACAUCUCCGCCCAUUUUUCUUCCUUGAGAGAAUAGUGUUUGAGUGGUGGAUUAAGGUUUUGGGGAUUCAGUUUUUGCAUCUUGGAAUAUGAGUUUUCAGGUUAAUAAUAAUAACAGGCCUCCAUUUCCUCCGCCUUUUGCUCAGCAAGGUCCACCUGGGCCACAGCAAGGUCCCCCUGGGCCACGACCAGGGCCGCCGCCACCAGGUGUUGUUCCUAGGACUCCUAUUGGCCCACCGCAAGGUGCAUUAGGACCCCCUAAUGCACCGCCCGGUAGGCCUAGUGGUCCUACUCCGCCUUUUGGAGUGAGGCCUCCGGGCCCUCCACCGCCAGGUGCAUUCAGUUCUGCCGGCCCUGCACCUCCACCUCCUGGUACUCGCCCCGGUCCCUUUCAGUCUGCACCAAUGAAUUCAGGUCAAGUUCCGCCACCAUCUACUGGUGCCCCAGGUCCAUUUAGUAAUGGACCACCUUCAGGGGGUGUACAAGGUGGACCUCGCUUUCCUUCUCCUGUGGGAAUGCAGCGGCCAGUAAGUGGGCCACCUUCUCUGCCAAGUGGACCACCUUCUCUACCAUCAAUGCCGCCCUCUGCAGGAAUGCGCCCUUUUAGUGGAGGUCUAGCUGCUAGUCCCUUACCUGGUCCUGCACCACUGGCACCAUCUUUCGCAUCACAUUCUCAAGGCGUGCCACCACCCCCUUUAGGCUCCUCAGCAUUUUCAGCUCCUGCUCAAGGACCUCAAUUUCAGGUUUCUCCGUUUGGGUCUCAGCCGUGGUCCAUGCAACAACGUCAGGUUGCACCACCUUCAGCAAUUCCUGGUGCUGCUCCACCCCCAAGGAUGUACAACAUGCCAGGUCCAGAAUCUGCAGCCUCCAUAUCACCUGCCAUGAGCCAAGGCCCGUCAAAAAUUGAUCCUAAUCAGAUCCCGCGCCCUAUUCCGAGUUCAUCGGUUGUGUUGCAUGAAACACGUCAGGGCAAUCAAGCUAACCCGCCUCCGUCGGCUACCACUGACUAUAUUGUCAGGGACACCGGAAACUGCAGUCCCCGGUACAUGAGAUGUACAAUCAACCAGAUUCCUUGCACCAAUGAUCUUCUAGGAACAUCCGGGAUGCAGUUGGCACUGUUGGUCCAGCCCUUGGCCCUUCCUCAUCCCUCUGAGGAGCCUAUCCAGGUCGUGGAUUUUGGUGAAAGUGGUCCUGUCCGGUGUUCUCGUUGCAAAGGCUACAUAAAUCCUUUCAUGAGGUUCAUUGACCAGGGAAGACGUUUCAUUUGCAACUUAUGUGGAUAUACUGAUGAAACCCCCCGAGAGUAUCAUUGCAAUCUAGGCCCGGAUGGUAGGCGCAGAGAUGCCGAUGAAAGGCCUGAGCUGUGUAAAGGAACAGUAGAAUUUGUUGCCACCAAAGAAUAUAUGGUGCGCGAUCCAAUGCCUGCAGUAUUUUUCUUUCUCGUUGAUGUGUCAAUGAACUCACUACAGACUGGUGCAACAGCAGCUGCAUGUAGUGCAAUCAGCCAAGUUAUUGCUGAUCUGCCAGAGGGCCCUCGGACGAUGGUGGGGAUCGCGACGUUUGAUUCGACUAUUCAUUUUUACAAUUUGAAACGUGCAUUACAGCAGCCACUGAUGCUUAUUGUUCCUGACAUUCAAGAUGUUUACACUCCUCUCCAGAGUGAUGUGAUUGUUCAACUUUCUGAGUGUCGUCAGCAUUUGGAGCUUUUGCUGGAAAAUAUCCCCACCAUGUUUCAAAAUAAUAAAACUGCUGAUUCGGCUUUUGGUGCAGCUGUCAAGGGUGCUUUCUUGGCAAUGAAGAGUACCGGUGGCAAACUUAUGGUAUUUCAGUCAGUUUUACCAUCUGUUGGCAUUGGUGCCCUUUCUGCUAGAGAAGCUGAAGGAAGAACUAAUAUAACAGCUGCUGAGAAGGAGGCUCACAAGUUGCUCCAACCGGCUGACAAAAUAUUGAAGACAAUGGCUAUUGAAUUUGCCGAGUAUCAGGUCUGCGUUGAUGUGUUCAUAACCACACAAACAUAUAUUGACAUUGCAUCAAUCUCUGUGAUUCCAAGGACUACUGGGGGGCAGGUAUAUUAUUAUUACCCUUUCUCUGCGGUUUCUGACCCUGCCAAGCUUUACAAUGAUCUUCGAUGGAACAUUACCAGGCCUCAAGGUUUUGAGGCGGUUAUGCGAGUUAGAUCCAGCCAGGGCCUUCAAGUUCAAGAAUAUUCUGGAAAUUUUUGUAAACGCAUUCCAACAGAUGUGGAUCUGCCAGCGAUUGAUUGUGACAAGACAAUAAUGGUGACACUAAAACAUGAUGAGAAAUUGCAGGAUGGUGCAGAAUGUUCUUUUCAGUGCGCUCUUCUGUACACCACAGUUGACGGUCAAAGAAGAAUACGAGUUUCUACUUUGUCGCUUCCAUGCACUACCAUACUCAGUAAUCUGUUCCGUUCAGCCGACUUAGAUACUCAGUUUGCCUGUUUCUUAAAGCACGCUGCAAUUGAAAUUCCUUCCAGUCCGCUACUGCAAAUCAGAGAGCAGAUGACAACACUCUGCAUCAACAUUCUUCAUUCAUAUCGUAAAUUUUGCGCCACAGUAUCAUCUGCUGGACAGCUUAUUCUCCCAGAGGCUCUUAAAUUGUUGCCUCUUUACACACUUGCUUUGAUUAAAGGUACUGGAUUGAGAACUGAUGGACGCAUAGAUGAUCGGUCAUAUUGGAUCAAUUAUGUUUCUUCUCUUUCUACUCCCUUGGCAAUACCGUUGGUGUACCCUAGGAUGAUUAGUAUCCAUGACAUUGACUUGAAGGAAACGGAGGGUAUUCUUCCUCCCGCUAUUCCACUUUCCAGUGAGCACGUGACUGAUGAUGGAAUAUAUCUUCUAGAGACUGGCGAGGAUUGUUUAAUAUAUAUUGGGAACUCAGUCGAUCAUGAUGUUUUGCGGCAAAUUCUUGGCAUUUCUUCUGUUGAAGAAAUUCCCACUCAGUUUGUUUUACAGCAACAUGAUAAUCCGUUGUCAAAAAAGCUUAAUGAAGUUAUCAAUGAAAUAAGGCGCCAGAGAUGUUCCUACCUCCGUCUAAAGUUGUGCAAGAAAGGGGAACCAUCAGGAAUGCAAUUCUUCUCAUAUAUGGUGGAGGACAAGGCCCCAAGUGGUCUCUCCUACGUUGAGUUCUUGGUACAUAUUCAUCGGCAAAUUCAAGCUAAAAUGAGCUGAUGAUUUAUUUAUUUCGACUUUGAUAGAGUUUUAUGGUAAAGCCUUUUUCUGUGGCUAAACUACGGAUCAGAGAAAGAAGGAAGAGCAACUAGGUUCCAUUUAAGAUUCUUCUGUAGGGGAAAUGGCAGUCUUGCUAAAAGCAAAGUAAAUCAGUUUACAAAUAGAGAUUUCCUUAGUUUGGUUAAUGAGAUUCCCUUAUAUUUUAAAGCUUGAUUUAUGAAUUGAAAUUUUCAUAAUAUAUAGAAGCAUAAUUUAGAUGUAUGUACUGCCCUUUAGUUAUAUAACCGUGCUUUGAAUUUUCUGCCUGGUGGGCCGGUGGCAUUUGACUGUAAAUGGGAAUACAGAAACAAGCAUGUCUUUUUUUCUUUUUCGUUUUCCCAACUUUUUCAUAUAAUGUGUUUACAAUCAAGGUGGUUGUGAUUUGUUGUGAGUGUA